AUGCCUCUGCCAAAGGCUCUGCGACGACCAGCUCACACACGCCAGACCACGAAUCUCGUCGAUGGCGUGCUGCCUGAUCAGGAGGAUGCCUCGGGUGAUCAACGAGCUGCCACUGGAGGGGUCGUACGAGAGGGGAACGAGCACGCCAAUCUUGCCCGACCCGCUUCCCUUGAUCACAACGGAAGAGCGAUCUCGCGCACAGCCACCCCCUCUACCGAGUCGACUGAGGAAAAUUUCAAAGCGGCGCUGCUCACUUCCGGAGAAGACACCGCGGCGCUGGAUGCACGCUACGAAACGUCCAAGUGGGAAUGCUGGGCGUAUUAUGUCUACUACAUUGGGAACAGCGGUUUAGGCCCGUUCAACUAUUCGCCCUCUCAAGCUCAGAACCUCUUGACUCUAGCUGCGGAGAAGGCUGGCAACGGCACAUGCGGGGGCGAUGCACAGCCUGUAUGCAGACUCCGCUGGGCCGGUCAGGAUCGGACUGUGCAAAGUAUUGUGCUGCUCGCUAAUGGAAUCUCGUGAGUGCAUAGCGAUCGCGGGCUCGGGCUGUUCUUUGAAUGGAUGAACGUGCCCCGAACAGUCGGGCUUAGCUAGGCGCUGUCUCGGGCUGAUGGGCGCGGUCUUAGGCAGGAAGUCUUGGUCGGACCGUGUUGUAGGCCUUGGGCAGACGUUCUUCGUCGCGUGAACCCAAGUGCAGCUACAUCAGUCAGCCUUCGUGGAUGCUGUUCUUCUCCGCUGUCGUCUGAUCCUAACGCACGUCUUCGAUGCGAUCACCGUUGCUCCUUGCAUCAAGCUUUGCGAUACAGGCAGCACUCUUCCUGAUCAUCGGUAGCAUGGCAGACUACGGCAGGUGGAGACCUUAUGUCCUGAUCGUUUCUACUCUGAUCAGCAUCGGAAUUUCGUUUGCCUGGCUUGGUGUGACGGACGCGGACAAUUGGCGCGUGGGCAUUGCCCUCUACAUCCUGGGGCUGAUAGGCUAUCAAGUCUCGUUGACGUACUGGACUAGCGCAUUCCCGGGUUUAGCCAGGAAUCUACCAGAGAUGCGGGAGUCGGCAGAGAAAUUACAAGAAGUCCCUCCUCGCACCACCCCGGAAUCACACCACGAGCUGGACACCAUGACCCGCAAUCGGAUCGCAAAUAUCGCAUUCGCAGUCUGUUCUGCUGGCGAGCUGGUCGUGCUAGCCAUCAUACAAGGGAUGCUCGUCGCUCUCCAUAGCGACGCGUCGACCGAAUCCAACACUCGCGCAUUGUCCAUCGUGACCGCCUUUUCAGGAGGAGUGUGGUUCCUGGUCGCGCUGCCUUGGUUCAUUUUGGAAAAGCACAGACCAGGUCGAAAGCUACCCGCAGGUCACUCGUACCUUACAGCAGGUAUAGUCACUGCUUGGACUACCGCCAAGCACAUUUGGCAGCUGAAGCAGUCACUGCUCUACCUUGCGUUCUACUUCAUCAUGGGCGACGCUCUCAAUACCUCGGUCACCGUCAUCUCAACUGUCCAGAAUCAACUCAUCUCCUUCUCGGGUCAGACCUUCAACCUGCUGCUCAUUGUCGGAAUCGCCGCUCAGGGUGUAGGCAUCUACUCCUUUUGGCGCAUACAAAAACACUUCGCGCUGACCACAACGACAAUGCUACGUUGGGUCGUUCUCUUCAUUAUUCUCCUGCAACUCUGGGGUCUCGUUGGCAUUUGGACCCUUAAAUUUGGCUUUCACAAUGUCUGGGAGGCAUACGCAUAUCAAGCUUUCUAUGGCUUGGUAGUCUGUCCAUGGUACGCUUACUCGCAAACGGGCAUUUCCGAAGCCUCGCCCAAAGGCUACGAAUUUGCUUUCUUCAGCCUUCUCAACCUCGUGGGCAGGACAUCUUCCUUUAUCGGACCUUUUGUCUCUUCGGCGAUUGCGCAAUACGGCAACGAGAGCUACCCUUUCGGAUUCUUGCUGGGCAUGGCAGUGCUGGGAGGUCUGCUGUUGAUUCCUAUGGACGCAAAGAAGGGAAGACAGCAACAAGCUAGAUUCAUUGCAAGACAGAGCCGAGAUGCCAGAACACAGGCUAUGCUGCAGGCCGCGACUCAUCAGCAGUCUCUACAAGUCACCUCUCGUACCUCAAAAGAUCUCCAAGAUGCCAAUGUCGUAUAA